CCUUCCUUCCUUGGGAGUAGCCGGAUGGCGAGGCGCAGGAGCCGAGGCGCACAAGCCGAGCGCAGGGUCACAUUCGCGGCUGGGGCGCGGGGAGCGGAGCGCUCAGCAGACCCGUCCGCGGCGCCGCCGCCGCCUCCCCAGCAGCUGCAGCAACAUGCACGGCCAGCCCCCCGGCCCGGCUCAUGGGGAAGAGAGGAGGAGGAGCAGCGAAGGCCCCAGGGGGGCGCCCUCUGGGCAGCCGCCGCGCGCAGGACACCUUGGGCAGCCCCGACCGUGCGCCCUGGCCACCGCGCCUCGCUCGCCGCCUGCUCCGCGUCUGAGCUGCCUGCGCCCCGCCGGGCGCGCCGUCCAAGCUGCCCCGCCCCGGCCAAGCGCCGCCUCCGACACCGCCUCCUCCUCUCGCCUCGCUCCUGGGAGGCCUCUCGCGGCCCACAGCGCCCCCCGAGCCGCGCGCGGGUGGGAAAGGAAACGGGCGCCGCGCCGGAUUCAUGGAACGGCCACUCCGGAGCAGGAGGGUUGGACGGGGAGGGGACUUGGCUGGCUGGCUGGUUUGUAUUUCCCGCCGGAAAGAUGCUCCUUCAGAGCCGCGUGCCAUCCGAAGGAAGGCCUAUUGUUGGACUUAAUGGGCCUCACUCCCAGCGCCAUCUGGUGUCAACGAGACACUCAAGCAUCAGGAUGUGUUUUAGGUCAAAUCCACACCAAAGAUUAAAAGCACACGGCUUCCACUUGAGGAUCCUGAGAACUGUCGUUUGCAGAGAGUGCUGGGAAUCGUAGCUCUG